AUGUCGAACUUACCCCAUAAAAAGAAGCUUAAAGUAAGAAAAAUAUUCCAUGACCAAGAAGAAGAGCAACUACAACAAAAGUUAAUACCAGUGGCUUGCAUUGAUUCAGUUCCUCAAACGUUUUUUCCUUUCGAGUUCUUUAAUAAGAUGCAAUCAGAAUCAUUUGAAAAAGUUUUCAAGACUAAUGAAAAUUGUAUUAUAUCUGCACCUACUGGUUCAGGAAAGACUGUCCUUUUUGAGUUAGCAAUUUUAAGAUAUAUAUCUAACUUUUCUGAAUCAAUUGAAAAUAAGAAGAUUUUAUAUAUUUCACCAACAAAAUCUCUUUGUUCAGAAAUUACGAAUAAAUGGAAAAACAAAUUUAAUAAUUUAGCUGUAGUAGCUAUAACUGGGGAUUCCACAUCAUAUGAGAUAAAUUCUGUCAAGAAAUCACAAUUAAUAAUUACAACUCCAGAAAAGUGGGACUUAUUAACAAGAAAAUGGACAGAUUACCACAAGCUGUUUGAAUUGAUUCAACUUGUUUUGGUAGAUGAAAUACACACUAUAGGAGAAAUACGCGGUGCCACCUUGGAAGCAGUACUUACAAGAAUGAAUACUUUAUGUCAAGGAAUUAGAAUAAUUGGGGUUAGUGCAACAAUUCCUAAUAUUACAGAUAUUGCGUCAUGGUUAAAGAACAAUAAAUCCGGUGAGUUUGCAACAGUUUUAAAAUUUGAUGACACAUAUCGCCAAGUAAAAUUAGAUGUGACCGUUAAAGGGUACAAUUUUAAUUGUAAGAACGAAUUUCAAAGAGACGCUAUAUACAACCAGAAACUCUUAGAACUUAUUGAGCAAUAUAGUAAAAACCGUCCUGUAUUGAUCUUCUGUCCAACCAGAGCAUCUACAAUGAAUACAGCGAAAUAUAUUAGUAAUAAUAAUUCUGCUAAUGGUAAGGUAACGGCAACAUUGGCUGAUAAGACUCUACAUUUUUGCAUGACCAAAGGGGUUGCUUUCCAUAAUGCUGGGUUGAUAUUAGAAGAUCGUUCACUCGUGGAAGAGGCAUUUCUCAAUGGAGUAAUAAGGAUUCUAUGUGCAACUUCUACUUUGGCUGUAGGUGUCAACUUACCUGCGUAUUUAGUAAUAAUCAAAGGAACACAAAUGUGGUCUUUAUCAGAAAUGGUUGAAUAUUCCAAUUUAGAUACACUCCAAAUGAUAGGAAGGGCAGGGCGUCCUAAAUUUGAAAAGACUGGUUGUGCAAUAAUUAUGACCGAACAAAAGAUGGUUUCCAAAUAUGAGAAUCUCGUCUCAGGGAGUGACAUUUUGGAAAGUAAGCUACAUCUACAAUUACGUGAGCAUAUGUGUUCUGAAGUUUCAUUAGGGACUAUUAAUUCUGUAAAAAGUGCUAUUACAUGGAUAAAAAGUACUUUUUUCUAUGUUAGGUUUUUGAAGAAUAGAAUAGCUUACGAUUCAAUCGGUCGACUUGGUGGGUUUGAUGCUGAAGAAAGUCUUGAACAGUUUUGCCAGAAGUUGUUGAACUCUUUGAAUGAAAAUAAUUUAAUUGUACGAGAUGGUGAACAAAUUUGUUGUAAUGCAUUUGGGCAUGCUAUGGUAAGACAUUAUAUAUCAUUUGGAACAAUAUCAAACAUACUAAAAGGUAAGAAAUUCUUAAAUACUCAGGAAGUAUUAAGUAUUGUGGUACAGGCAGAAGAGUUUAAAGACUUGCGUAUUAGGCAAAAUGAGAAGAGACUGUAUAAAGAGAUAAAUUUAUCUCCACUGACGAGAUAUCCAUUCCUUACGCUUAAAAAGCAAAGUAUGAUAAUAGAUAAAACAAACCAGAAAGUAUCCCUAAUUAUUCAAUAUGACUUGGGUGGCCUUGAGUUUCCAAAUUAUGAAGGAGCGCAAAAAUUACAUCAUGUCCUUAUUCAAGACAAGAUCAGAAUAUUUAAACAUUGCUAUAGAAUCUUGAGGUGCAUGGUAGAUUGCUAUAUUGAAAAGGGCGAUGGUAUUUCCCUUGAGAAUAGUCUUUUUAUGUUGAGAUCUAUAAAUGGAUCAUGUUGGGAAGAUUCGCCGAUGAUCUUAAGACAAAUUAAGUCUAUUGGUUUAGUGUCUGUAAGAAAAUUAGUUAGAAAUGGUAUAACUGAUUUUGAAGAACUUAGAAACAGUACCGACCAAAAACUGGAAUAUUACCUAGGCUUAAAGAUGGGGAAUGGACUGAAACUUAGAAGGGAUAUUGAGUCGCUUCCAACAUUUAGAUUGGAAUAUCAUAUUGAAAAACAGGCGAAAGUAGGUAAUAACAUUGAGGUUGUAUUGAGAGUCGAUGUGAGCGUCAAUUGUAAAUCUUCUCUUUGGCAUGGUAAACGCCUUUCAAUGAAUAUUAAUUCCAGGUAUGGUUCGGGAAAAAUAAUUGAUUUUAGAAGAAUACAAUUAUCACAAUUACAACAUCCUAAAACUUUUAAGCUCAAUUGCACAAUAUCAUCAUUGCAAGAAUUAGUUAAAAUUUCAGCAAGUUGUCAGGAAAUUGCAGGUUUGAAUAAGAUUAUCCAAUUCUCCUCAAAGGAGUUGUCUGACUCUAAUACACAAGUUUUUGAAAAGGUGGCAAUGGAUUUAUCUUCCUCUAAGUCACGCAUAAGUGUUCUGGACGAUAUUGUUUCAAGUAGCUCAGAUGAAAGUUUAUACAACCUUCUCAUUGACCGCCCAUCACGGAAUGCAUCGGCUUCUAUUGCAAGCUCUAGGAAGGAUGAGCCACAUAGUAAUGUCCUCUUUGAAGGUCGUCAGCAACUACCAAACGGAAACUAUGAGUGUCAACAUACCUGUAAUAGGAAGGGUGAAUGUCGACACUUAUGUUGUCAUGAAGGUAUCCCGAAAGAAUUAAUCAGAGGUAGACGAACAAACACACGACAUAUGGCAACAGAAAAACCUGAUGUACCAAUUAAAGAAAAGACGACCCCUCUCCUUCAGGGUGUCCGUAAAACAACCAUACGUCAAAACUCAGACAUUGAAGAAUAUUGCAUUUCCUCCUAUGAUGAAUGUGGGAAAGGUGUAGAGGAUGAAAGUCAUGAUUUCGAAAAUUACUUCAACUCACCUGCCUUAUCAGAUAGUUGUAAAGGUGAGGAAAAUAUCUUGGAUUCGAAAGUCCUUUUGGAAAAUUCAUUGUUGAAUAAAACACUAGAGCCCAAAAAAGACAUAUUUGAUUCAUCUCUAGCAAAAGAGUGUGAUGACUGUUCUAUCAAUUUGAGUUUUUUGGGCUCUGAUAUUGAAUUAGGAGAGUAG